UACACCGGAAGUUACAAUACACCGCCAAGUGGAGCACCUUUGAGAUUGUGUGCAAAAAUGUGUAUUAAAGUCCAAAUGCUGAGAACGUUGAUGGAGCAGCGACUAAAUGCCGCUGUUGAAGAAAUAUUUGAGCUGUUUGAAAGAACCAUAGCAGAGUACGAGGGGGAACUUUCUCGAAUAAAAGAGGAGAAAGAGCGACAACGCGAACUACUGGACGGCGUCAUCAAAUCCCCAACAGCAGACAUCCUGCAGGUGUUGGCGGGGAGUCAAGAAGAAGUUCCAGCAGGAGUUCCACAGGUGUGUAUUACCAGUGUGGGACAAAUUGAGCCACAGCUCCUUCACAUUAAACAGGAAGAGGAGGAACCAUGGGGGAAGGCUGACAUCACCGAGUUGACAUUUCCCGGUGUCCUUAUGAAGAGUGAGGAUGAUGAAGACAAUGAAGGUCAAUCCUCCCAGCUUCAUGGUAGGCAAAGUGAGGAGAACAGAGCGGCGGAGCCUCAAAACCAACACAUGACAACAGAAGAUGAUGGAGACAACAUCUUGUUGCAAUCUUCUGAGGCUGGUCUCUGUGAUGAGGGCAAAGAACCUUUGGAGCGAAGUCAUCACGCUGACAACAAACACUAUGACUGCGCUGAAUGUGGGAAAUCAUUUGAAAAGAGGGGAAGUCUGAAUAGACACGUGAGAACGCACACUGGAGAGAAACCUUUUGCUUGCUCAGUGUGCACUAAAAGAUUCUCUUCAAAGGAUCACAUGAAAAGACACAUGAUGAUACACACAGGGAAGAAUCCAUUUUCUUGUUCAGUUUGUGCCAAAGGAUUCAGAGAUAAAUAUGAUAUGAUAUUACACAUGAGAACGCAUACUGGUGAGAAACCUUUCACUUGCUGCGUUUGCAGGAAGCGUUUCUCCCGAAAGGAUGAUAUGACCACACACAUGCGAUCACACAUGGAGGACAAGCAAUUCACCUGCUCACUUUGCCCCAAAAGAUUCACUAGUAGAAAGUACAUCAUGAUACACAUGAGAACACAUACUGGGGAGAAACCGUUCAGUUGCAACGUGUGUGAUAAAAGGUUCACUUAUAAGUAUCAGGUCAGCAGACACAAGUGUGCAACAGUCAUGAAAGCUGCAGGGACUUAAAUACCCUCAAACUGAUUAUACUAAAUGUUUUUAAUAAGCAUGUAUAUUUCAGCCUUUGUGUGGCAUAUCACCUCAUCUUGUGGUGCAAUGUGUUUUUGUCCUAUAAUUAUAAAGUUUUGUGCAUUUACUUAAGUAUUUAAUUAAAUGAAACUUGAAUGAAAUCUUACUGCAUCCACCAAUAAUAUUCAUCCAUUCAUAUUCUGUGCUGCUUAAUUCACUCUAGGAUCGUGGGGGUACUGGAGCCUAUCCCAGAUACCAUUGGGCUAGAAGCAGGUUACAUUUAUGCACUGUAUUUUAUAUAUUUUGCCAUUAUCCAAUGAAAAAUAGAUCGCAGCUUUGUGAUGUCGGAUGUUACAAUAUAUCUUAUCAAGGGAGACAAUGCUAUAGAAAGUAAACUUGGGUCAGUGUACAGCAUAUGCUAUCCCUAGUCAAGAAUCAAUCUGAGACAAACCUUUUGUGGUUUAAGGGACACAAGCACAUAUAGCAGAUUUUUUCACUUUAGCAGACCAAUCUCAUUUUGUUCGUUGUUAGUCUUGUUUAAAUCACGAUUACAUGUAAACUGGAAAGGAAAAUAUGUUUUAAAAGACUUUAAAUAUUUGUAGACUGGUUUACUAGUGUCCUUUCUCUUUUGCUGCUUUAAGUGAACAUGACUAAACGCAGAUUCCAUUUACGACACUAGAUGGGCAUCUGAAUGCACCAC